AUGCGUAUUGGCAAUGGAAAUGUUCAAACGAGUCCUGUUCUUAUAUUUGGAAUGGAUCUUUCUCACCUCCCUCAGGGAUGCAUUUUUAUGAUCGGUUCAGUUGGAAUUUUUAUCCUUUACAUCAUCUAUGGUUGGACUCAAGAAUACCUUUUCAAAACUCCUGGACUUAGUGAUAACUUUCUUCUCCUGACCGCCUAUCAAUUCGGUCUCUACUGUAUUAUAUCCAUUAUUGAGAGCAAAUUAAUUGGAGUGACAUAUAGUAAAGAAUUUCCCCUGAAAAUGUAUUGCUUGAUUGGAAUUACGUCUACUGGCACUAUUCUUCUUUCAAAUGCCGCUGUUGUCUACCUCAAUUAUCCUACUCAGGUUAUUUUUAAAUGCUGCAAACUCAUUCCUGUCAUGAUUGUCAGCAUUACACUUCAAGGAAAGCGAUAUAAAUUGGUGGAUUACGUGGCUGUAGCCUGUAUGAUUAUCGGUCUCAUAUUCUUCACCCUGGCUGAUGUCCGAGUUCAUAUAAACUUCGAUAUUCGUGGUAAUUGA